AUGGCGAGUGGAAAUAUUGAUAUCAGCGACAUCGUCAAGAAAUGCAGAGUUCUUUUGUUGGAUAUUGAAGGAACCACAACAUCGAUCAGCUUUGUUAAGGACAAGCUGUUUCCGUACGCAGAAGAAAAUGUUAAAGAUUUUCUAACCAACCAAUGGGAGUCCGAAGAUGUGAAGGAGGCAGUGACGGCGCUCAGGAAACUGGCGCUGGAAGACAAGGAGAACAGCGUGGAUGGAGUAAUCACCAUUCCAGGAGAGGAUGCCUCUAAGGAAGAUCAGAUUGAGGGUCUUGUAAAGAGUGUGAAGUGGCAGAUGUCUUCCGACCGUAAAGCCGGCCCACUGAAGCAGUUGCAGGGUCUUAUCUGGAAGCAGGGGUAUGACAAGGGAGACAUCAAGGGACAUGUGUACGAUGAUGUGUCUCCCGCGAUGGACUUGUGGCGCUCUGUGGAAGGCCAAAAGAUCUACAUCUACUCGUCUGGAUCAGUCCAGGCGCAGAAACUUCUCUUCGGCCAGUCCCUGGCUGGAGACAUGUUGAAGUACAUUGACGGACAUUUCGACACCGCUGUCGGUGCCAAACAGGAGACUUCGAGCUACUCUGCCAUCGCUGAGAAAAUCGGUUGCAAGCCAGAAGAAGUCCUGUUUUUAACUGACAUUGUGAAAGAGGCGGAGGCCGCGCGUGCGUGUGGCAUGCACUGCGCACUGGUGAGCCGCGAGGGGAACGCAGCGCUCCCAGACGAGGCCGUGGCGGCCUUCCCAGUGCUGUACAGCCUGGCCACCCUCGCCAAUCCCAACAAGCGCAAGCCCGACGCCCAGGAUGAACAACCUGCGAAAGUUCUGAAAACCGAUGUGGAUGCCGAUGUAAAAACACCUUUGGAAAAAACAGAAGUUGCUGCCGAAGUUAAAGAGUCAACUGAAGCGGCGGCGCCUGAAGAAGUAAAACCAUCCGCAGAACCUGAUGUACCCACUGAGGAGAAGGCACCUGAAAGCGACACGUCGGCUAAAUUAGAACCUGUACCAGUCAAUGGUAAUUCUGAUGCUACUGCUGCAGAGCCAGAGGCACCAAAACCAGCUGGCGAACCAGAAAAAAUGGACGUUGAAAUGGAAGUUGAUGAACCUGCAGCCGGUACGCAGGACAAAGCGUGUCAAGCUACUGAAAAAGUUGAAACCACUGUUGAAGAAAUUACGGAUGCAAAUGAAAUAGAAGCCACCCCUGCUUGCGACAUUGAACCCAUCAUUGAGGAGAGUAGUGAAAAGACUGAAAACACAGAGACUGACAAAAUGGAGACAGAGUCUUCAGAAUCUGUUCCUGAGCCAAAAGAAAACGAUGCUGAACGACUUAAAAAUGGACAUAAGGAUGCUCCUGUUGCAGAAGAAACUCCUCCAACUUCUGUUAUUACAGAAAUCAAGGAUGUCACUAACGACAAAGAGGAGCUGAACGAGGUUACUGAAAUGAUUGAAGACAUCGAACCCGUUGUCGAGGAACCUCCAUCUACCCAGGAUAUGGAAGAUCUGCAGAAUGUUGGCGAAGUACUUGAGAAAGAAUGUGACGAAAUAUUAUCGAAGGUUCAGGAUGUCACUAAUUUGGAUAACAUACCAAUUAAACCUUUACUAAACACUAUUGCUGAAGAAACGAUGGAGACUGAAAAUACGGAUUCAAAUGAUAUAGUUGAGAGAAUAUUGGACACCGAAAUGGAAAUGGAAUCGAAGAAAACUGCAGAGAAAACCACCAAUACUUCAGAAGAGUCUGUAGAGAGCAAGGUUGAACCUGAAGCUCCAGCUGAUAAAAAUGAUAAACAAGAAACAAAAACAGAAGAUAAGGGCACUACAACUGAAAUGUCCGAGGAUAAGCCAAAAGAAGAUGUAGCUGAAAUUAAAACAACAGAAGAAAAUGUAGAUAGUAGUAGUCCUAAGACUACAGCAACGGAAGAAGCCACUGUGGUGGUAGAAGAAAACGAAACGAAAUCAGUAGAUAAAGUCGAAAAUAAGAUGGAAGAAGAUAGUAGCACGCCUAAAUCCGAAACAGAAGAAAGCAAAACUGUAGUAGCGGAAGUUGAGGCUAAAACAGUAGUAGCUGAAACGAAGGUAGACACAGAAGAAAAGAAAGUAGUUGAUGAUAAACCAGAGGUAGAAAAAGUAGAGCCACCCACAGAACAAACUAAGGUAGAAACAGAUACCCCAGCAGAGCCUAAGGAGAGCGAGAAAGUUAAUGAAGAAGCCAAGCCUGAUAGUGAACCAAAAGAACAAACCGAAGCGCAAGUAAACGGUAAAGCUACCAAUGGAGAUGCUGAAGUCGCAAAUCAGAAUGGAGAUGCCAGCAAAGAGGCUGAAUUAAGUGCUCGGCUGUCAAUGGAAAAUGGAAAAGAGGUGAAUGGUGCAAAUGGUGACUCUGUAAAGGAGGAGGAGCCUAAAAAUGAAAAGAGUGCCGAAGUAGAAGUAUCUGAUAUCAAAGUAAAGAACGUCGCCGUCGACGAGACGCGCAGUGACCCAAUAGAGCAGCCCACGGAAGCAUAA